AGUGAUAGGGAGGGCUUCCAGCAUCUGUAGUUGCAUUUAAAAAAAGGUUCUAAGUCUGACGCUCUUAAUUAUCAAUGGGUAAACUUGUAUUCUUUGUAUGCCAUUUAAAUUCACACUGAAUUUUUUGGUUUUAGUAAGCUCCAUUAUUUGUUAUAAAUAACUUUAACUUUUGUACCUGGAAAUGUGUAUGUUUUUGGUAUCUUUUAUGUAAAAGGUGAAAUAUAUGCUUUUGUGAACUUUGGAAUUUCAAAAUAUGUACUUGUGGCAUUAUUGAACAAAAUACUAUAUCCAUUAUCCAUGAGGUAUGAGUUAUGAAGACGAAUCUGCUGCUGUAAUUGUUUUACCUGCUAACAACAGUCUCAGUUUGGAAGAUGUGGACCCCAACAGUGGUAACGUACCUGACGCAACAGUUACAUCCAGUGACAGUCUUGAUUUUAGUGCAUUAGAUGAUGAGACUAACAGAUUUGGUGCAUACUCCAAAGUGACUCUGUCAUGGGAGGACGUGAAAGUGUCUCUAUCUGUGGACACAGGGAAGGGUCCUGCCUGUUGUCGCUCCAACAAGGACACUAUUACUAAAAAAGAAAUUCUUAAAGGAGUUUCUGGUUUAUGCAAGCCCGGAACAUUCAUGGCAAUCAUGGGGGCAAGUGGUGCAGGCAAGACGACUCUCCUCAACACAUUAGCUAUGAAGAACGACCACAAGCUUGAUGAAUCAGGUACGAUUCUAGUGAACGGAAAGCCACUGACGGGCCGCACAACAUCCCUUCUCUCUGCGUACGUCCAACAGGAGGAUUUCUUUAUUGGAACUCUAACAGUCAAAGAGGUCUUAAUGUUUCACGCGAAUCUCAGAAUGGGGCGAGAUGUUGAAAUGAAGGAGAAAAAGAGAAAAGUAAACAAAGUUUUACACGAGUUGGGGUUGAAGAAAAUAGAGAACAGCCUCUGUGGGCAGCCUGGUGGUAUGAUUCGUGGUAUUUCUGGCGGAGAGAAAAAGAGACUGUCAGUUGCUUGUGAACUCCUCAUGAACCCUCCACUCCUCUUCAUUGAUGAGCCUACCAGCGGUCUGGACUCAUUCAUGGCAAGGAAUAUUGUUAAAAUUAUUGGAAAGUUAGCUAAAGCAAACAGAACUGUGCUCUGUACGAUACAUCAGCCUACCUCUGAAGUCUUUGCUAUGUUUGAUCAGCUGUACCUGGUUGCUGAGGGGAAAUGCGCGUUUACGGGGGACAGUGCUGACGCUCUCAAGUUUUUCAAGUCCGUCAACUACCCCUGUCCAGAUAACUACAAUCCGGCUGAUCACUAUAUCUUCACUUUGGCCAUUGUCCCUGGAGAGGAAGAAGAAUGCAGAAAAAGAGUCGACGAAGUUACGGGUGUGUUCGCUAAAUCGGAAGAGCUUGCCACAUUGAAGAAAAACAUCGCGGUUGUGGAGAAAGAGGCACAGAAUGAAUCAGAUGUUAAGACUAAUUUGGAAGGAUCCAGGAGCAUAUUCUCUACACAAAUGUCGGCUAACUUUGGCAGAUCCUGGAAGAAUGUAACCAGAAAUCCUGGCUAUACCAAAAUUAGAUUAGUUCAAGCCCUUGUGAUAUCUUUACUGGGUGGAUUAGCCUACUUCAACACGGGUAAUGGACAAGAGUCCGUUCAAGAUAAGAGUGGACUUCUCUUCUUCCUCAUUACUUCCAUCACAUUCUCCAACGUCUUCCUUCAAGGAUCGACAAUACCAGAAGACUUACCGAUUAUAAAACGGGAGUACAGAAAUGGAAUGUACGGAAUUAUGGGGGCUCUCAUACCUCGCUUUACUUUAGAGAUGCCCUAUCUAAUAGUCCUGACACUUAUACAGUGGGUCAUUACCUGGCUCAUGGCAGGACUAAGAAGAAAUGUAGUGGCAUUCUUCACAUGCUACGCAGCAUGUCUAGCAGUGUCUGUAGUCUCAACAGCUGUGGGGUACUUUGUUGGAACUGCCUCUGGUAGUCCCGUCAUAUCAGCUGCUUUGUCGCCUCUCAUUAUCCUGCCUUUCUUCUUGUUUGGCGGACUCUAUCAAAAUGAAGCGUCUACCCCGUACUACUUCUACCCUAUAAAGUAUGGAUCUUGGUUCAAGUACGCCUUUGGAAUGGUCCUUAUUAGCGAGUUUGAGGACGCUGAAAUCAAGUGUGACAAAGUUCCAGAGAGUCUAUGUGUAUUCAAGGACGGCAACCAAGUUCUCAGCUAUUACCAUCUCGAUGCAAAUGACGUGUGGUUCCCAGACUUUGUAGCGAUAUUGCUACUGUCGGCUGGCUUCCUCGCCUUCUCUGUCUUAUUCAUGUGGCUUCGUGUCAGGGAGAAGAGGAAACCGAUCAAAGAGAAGACAAACUAGAAAACUUUGACUUUGUGGAACAUUAAACCAUCCAUCAAAGUUUGAUUGGUGUAAUUGACCAUGUUUGAUAUCAAAAUUCAGAUCUUUGGUUUGUGGGAUAUGUAUUGUGUAUGAUCAAGACGGUCUGAUCUUAUUCCUUCGCUAUAACGAUUUAAUAUCUUGUUUGUUACGUAUUGUAGUGGAAUUUUCUAUCUAAAUAAUUACAAUUCUUGUUUUAGAAAUUUUGUUUACUUUUAUUAUUUGAUUGUUUACUGUUAGAUUGGAUGGCUUGUUGUUUUUUGGUGCCAUAGUAGUUUACUGCAAUACGCUUUGGAGUUUUUCAGUUAUGAAAAUCUGAGAUGUCCAGCACUUGAUGAAUAGUUGUUCGCUGAGAAUGUAAGAAGUAAGGUAAAGCAUUUCCUCAAAAAUAUUUCAGACAACCAUUUUAUCGGAAUUUAACCAAGUCAAUAUUUAACUUUUUAUCAGAAUUAUACUUACAUCAGAUUAUGCUUAUUUAGAAUUAACAGUAAUUGUGUAUAUAUACAAUUACUAUUGCAAUUACAAAUCUAUAUAUAGAUUAACGACGCAACACUUUACAAUUAGAUAUUAAAGUGGUCUGAUUAAAUUCGUUGCUUUAAAUUUAAAGUGUCACCCUAACAUUUAAUUGAGUAGGUACCACUUAACUAAUAUUAGAAAUUAGAAUUUUAAGGAUGGCCUGUUUAAAGAAUAGGCUUACUUUUUUUGCAUGGAACAAAUCAGACUUCAGCGAAAUGCAAUGGUUCAUUCGAAUCCUGUUUAGGGCUACUAUUUUAAGAGUGACCUAAUGUAUGUGACCCAUACUGUGACCCUUUAAAAGCAGAUCACACUAAAUAGUGAUCAAGCUCAUUGGUUAUUGAAGAUUAUUUAACUGUGAAUUUUGUAAUGUUUACCAAUACAUUAAGUUAAUACAAUUGUUUGUUUGAAAAUAUCAUCGUAUCAGUUCUCAGUUUGCAUAAGCUUUCUCUGAUCCACCGUGUAAGUGAUCAAACAGUGAUUCCCAUUGGGAAGAUAACUUAUUUCGAGAGAUUAUUGAUUAUUUCCCUUAAACACGUUAAAUAUGUAUAUUAUAUCCGUUGAGUGGAGGGUUACUAGCUCUGAAUCAUAAAUUAGGGUUUAUAAUUAUUCCUUUCAGAAUAUUUUACGAAAAUUAGAAUAUUUUUGGCCGAGGAUAUUUGUAAAUUACACUUGAGUACAGUUUGAGUAGUUACAAGU